AUGAUGAGCCUCCUGUGGACCAAGAGCUUUCUCUUCCUCCUGUCCAUCCCGUGCCUUUGCUCCAGCCAGCCCUCACCUCCCCCGUUGCGUUUCUCUGCUUUCUUGGACCACUCAAACAUGGUCUUCAUGCGCUGGGACCAUGAUGAAGAGGAGAUGAUGACCUUUGAGCUCCAGGUCCGCACUGUUGGCUGGGUGGCAUUUGGAUUCAGCCCUCAUGGAGAGUUGCCUGGGUCUGACAUUGUGAUCGGGGGCGUUUUCCCCAAUGGCAGCAUCUAUUUCUCUGACUGGCAUGCUGUGGAUGAGGAAAAUCUCAAGGAGGACAACAGCCAGGACUACCAGCUGCUGUCACUAACAGAGGAUGAGACCUUCACCACCUUGCGGUUCAAACGCUACUUCCAGACAUGUGACCCAAAUGACCUGGAUAUCACGGGUGACACCGCACGCCUGAUUUCUGCUUUUGGCACUGACGACACAGUCCAGUUCUCCAAAGGCCAAAGAUUCCUCAAAUCUCUCUUUCUGAUGCGGGUCAUAAGCCCAACUGAAUUGAAUGACCCCAAAAUAUUCUUCACCUAUGACCUGAAGCUAAAUGAUUUUCCCAUCCCAGUUGAUGAAACCACAUAUGCCUGUACUUUUAUCCCACUGCCAAUCCUUAAGCAGAAGCACCACAUUUACAAGUUUGAGCCCAUAAUAACAACCCACCAGAACAGAUCGAUGGUUCAUCACAUUCUGGUCUAUGCCUGUGGCAAUGGCAGUGUGUUACCCACAGGCAUCAGCGAUUGUUAUGGGGCCGAUCCAGAUUUUGCCCUGUGCUCCCAGGUGAUUGUAGGCUGGGCCAUUGGAGGAGGGUCCUACCAGUUCCCAAAUGAAGCUGCAAUCUCCAUAGGUACACCUAUGGAUCCUCAAUAUAUCCGGCUGGAAAUCCACUACAGCAAUUUUGACUUGAUACCAGGAUUAAUUGACAACUCAGGGAUACGAUUCUACUGCACCCCGGACCUGCGGCCAUAUGACAUGGGAGUGCUACAAACAGGGGUGUUCACCUUCCCUGUCCAUUUCAUUCCCCCUGGAGCAGAUGCCUACAAAUCCUAUGGACUCUGCAAAAGCAGUCAGUUCAAUGAGAUGAAUGGGACACCUGUGCCAGAUCUGAAGGUGUUUGGCUUCUUGCUGCACACUCAUCUGGCUGGGAGAGGACUGAAAGUUGUUCAGUACCGGAAUGGUGAGCAGGUGAGGAUCAUCUGCGAGGACAAUAAAUAUGACUUCGCCCUGCAGGAAACACGGGACCUGAAGGAAGUCAUCACCAUCAAAGUGGGAGAUGAGAUCCUAGUGGAAUGUAACUUUCAAACUUUGGAUCGGACGGAAAUCACCUUCGGUGGGCCGAGUACCUUGAAUGAGAUGUGCCUGGCAUUCCUCUUCUAUUACCCUCGCAACAACAUCUCCAGCUGCAUGGGAUAUCCAGAUAUCCAGCAGAUUGCCCACGCACUUGGCCAGGAGGCCUCAGAUGCGAUGGAAGGAAUGAUUGCCAUGAACUAUGUUGAAUGGAACAAUGAAACCAUCAAGACUGCAGAGAAAGCAGCCAAGGAGGCUGAUCAGAUAGUCAUGAUUAAAACCAUUGAUGAGCUGCAGAAAAAUGAGAGUGGUAUAAUCCGGGACAUUAUGAUUCCAGAGAGUGGUCUCUGCCAUGACAUUUCUGGACGCCUCGGAGUGCGGGGUCCCCAAGUCACAGCAAACCUCCGGGGGGCUGCAGCUGUGAUUUCCCAGGCUCUCAGCACUGCAGAGAUCUUGCCUCUUCCUCUCCUGUUGCUGACACAAUUGUCAUUCACCUGGCUUCUCACUUCCUCCCAGUGUAGAAUUUGAGGGGCAGAAUCCCUGUUUUGUUACAAGAUAUAAUUAACCCAUUGAAGCCUCUACAAUUACUGUGUGGUGAUGGGAUAUUUACCUGGUAAAGCUUCUGAAAUCCGUAGCAGUGACAGGAAAUUUACCCAGCAAAGUCUCUGAAAUCACUGGGCAUGAAACUGUAUUUACCUACUAAGGUCUUUGAGAUCCCUGUUGUGAUAAAAAUGCCUUUUAGUAUAAUCUUCCAUUCUAAAUCCAGGAAAAUAUUGCAAUAUACUGCAGAAAAGACAGUAUUGCAAGAGGAUAAAGACCCCCUUUUUAGACUCUGUUCUUGCCCUUAAUGUCUACUGAGUGUUUACUCAUUCAAGGAUCCCUGGUAGCUGGGCAGUCACUUGGUAUGUACCCACUGGCCUUUCAGUAAUCACUGUCCACUAACAGGGUAUUUACCCAAUAAACACUCUAUAAUCAUUAUCCAGUCUCGGGCUAUAUACCUACCCAGUGUUCUCUGAUCACUAUCCAGUUAAAUGCUCUUUAGUCAACAAUCCAACAAGUGAGUAUGAUUUACCUGUUAAAUACUCUCCCAUGUCCAGCAUCAAGGUAUUUAGCCAGUAAAUGUGCUGGAAUUGCCUCCAUUGACAGGAGGAUUAACUGGUAAAUGCUGUGUUAUCAUAAUACAGUGACAGGGUGUUUAUCAGGUGACUUCCAAAGCUCUAAACACUACAGAGGUACUGCCUCUUCCUCAA